AUGUCGACCGCAAAGGCAUUGGGUCACUUUGGACCCAAUGGGGCGCAGACCCAGCAGAGCCGGCUGGAGCACACGACUGAAGAGUUCAGUGCCGACGUCUACGUUGGAGCACAGGGCCCGCCAAAAUCGAUGGAGUCGCGACAUUCGACCGUGCAGGAGCUCGCACGCGAAUUUACCCGCAACAGUUCACACGACUCUGACGGCAAGCCUAUCUUCGGAAGCGAAGACCCUGAUUCCCCCCUGAACCCGUCCGGCAACAAGUUCAACGCGCGCGAGUGGGCCAGGAAUGUUGCCAGGGUUGCUGAAGAGCGCGGUCAGGACUUCCGGCGAGUCGGCUUGUGUUUCCAGGACCUGAGCGUCUUUGGCUACAGCAGCGCGACGGACUUUCAAAAGACUGUCGCCAAUAUCUGGCUGGCCCUGCCGGGGAUGAUCGCUCGUCGUCUCCUGCCCAGCACCAGCACGUCAGGCCAAACCCGGGUGGAGAUCUUGCACCAGUUUGACGGCAUCAUCCGCCCAGGAGAGAUGUGCGUGGUCCUGGGUCCUCCUGGGUCCGGCUGCUCGACUUUCCUCAAGACCAUCUCGGGCGAUCGGAAUGGUAUCUACGUCAACCGGGAUUCGUACUUCAACUAUCAAGGCAUCUCGGACAAGGAGAUGCACACGGCGCAUCGAGGCGAUGCCAUCUAUACUGCUGAGGUCGAUGUUCACUUUCCCAUGUUGACGGUGGGCGAGACCUUGACCUUUGCCUCGUACGCACGCUGUCAAAGGGAGCUGCCCGAAGGCAUCACUCGCAAACAGUACUGCGAGCAUCUACGCGAUGUCGUUAUGGCCAUGUACGGGAUCAGUCACACCAUUCAUACUAAAGUCGGAGACGAGUUCGUACGGGGAGUUUCCGGAGGCGAACGCAAACGGGUCACGAUUGCAGAGGCGACGCUGUCCAACGCCCCUUUCCAGUGCUGGGACAACUCGACGCGUGGCCUGGACGCGGCCAACGCGGUUGAGUUCUGCAAGACCCUUCGGCUGCAGUCGGAACUAUUCGGCCAAACAUGCGCUGUAUCGAUGUAUCAAGCACCCCAGAGCGCCUACGACCUCUUCGACAAGGCCCUGGUCAUUUACGAAGGGCAACAGAUCUACUUCGGACCUGCGUCCCGGGCCAAGGACUACUUCAUCCGUCUGGGGUUCGAGUGUCCGGCUCGCCAGACAACGCCCGACUUUCUCACCUCCAUGGCUUUUCCAGCGGAACGCAUCCCUCGUCCUGGCUGCAACCCCCCGCGGACGGCCGACGAAUUCGCAGCCGCCUGGAAACGGAGCCCGGAGUACGAGGCUCUACAGCGGGAGAUUGAGGAUUACAAGCUUCAGCAUCCGAUUGACGGCCCGGACGCCCGGACUUAUCGACAGCUGAAGAAGGCGCACCAGGCCAAGGGUCAGCGUUUGAACUCGCCAUAUACCCUGACGUACUCGCAGCAGGUUCAGCUCUGUAUGUGGCGAGGAUGGAGACGAUUCUGGGCAGAUCCCGGCCCGUCGAUCUGGGUGAUGAUUGGAAAUGUCAUCAUGGCGCUCAUCAUGUCGUCCUUGUUCUACAAUAUGGACCAGACGACGGCGUCCUUCUACGGACGGGCUGUCGUUCUCUUCAUGGCGAUCUUGUUCAAUGCCUUCGCGUCUAUCCUGGAGGUCAUGACCUUGUACGCGCAACGGCCCAUUGUGGAAAAACAGGCCCGCUACGCCUUUUACCACCCUUCGGCUGAAUCGUAUGCGUCUGUCCUGGUUGACUUACCCAUGAAGAUCACCGGCACCGUUUCCUUCAACUUGGUGUUCUAUUUCAUGACAAACCUGAACCGGCAUCCUGGGAACUUCUUCUUCUACCUGCUGGUGGUCUUUCUCAUUGUCCUGGCUAUGUCGGGGGUCUUCAGAUUCAUCGGUGCGCUGUCUCGGACAGAACAACAAGCGAUGGUGCCCGCCUCCAUCCUGAUGCUUGCUCUGCUCGUCUUUACCGGCUUCGUGGUCCCGAUUCGCUACAUGCUGUCGUGGUGCCGGUGGAUCAACUACCUGAACCCCGUCGCGUACGGCUACGAAGCGCUCAUGGUCAACGAGUACCACUCCCGGAACUUCGCCUGUUCCUCAUACAUCCCCAGUUACGGAACUCCCAGAACAAAAACCGUGGCCUGUGACGCUGUCGGCGCCGUACCAGGCCAAUCCUAUGUCAACGGCGAUGCGUAUAUCAACUCAGCGUACAGCUACUACCACAGUCACAAGUGGCGCAACGUUGGCAUCAUCGUCGCCAUGGUGAUCUUCAACCAUAUCGUGUAUUUUGUGGCCAGCGAGUACGUCACAGCGAAGAAGUCGAAGGGCGAGAUCCUCGUCUUCCGUCGGGGAUUCGUCCCCAGACUUGCCCGCAAGAGCCGUCAGGACGUCGAGGGGUCACCCUCGGGCCCGGUAACGACUUUGCUGGAGAAGCCGGGCUAUGGCUACGAUUCCAGCAAGGAGGGAGGCUUCCAGGGCUCCACGAGUGUGUUCCACUGGAGCAAUGUGUGCUACGACAUCAAGAUCAAGGGCAAGCCUCGGCGCAUUCUGGAUCAUGUCGACGGCUGGGUGAAGCCUGGGACCUUGACGGCCCUAAUGGGGGUUUCGGGGGCUGGCAAGACCACGCUGUUGGAUUGCCUCGCUGAUCGCCGCGCAGGCGUGGGCGUCCUCACUGGCGAGAUGCUGGUUGACGGGAAACUUCGCGAUAAGAGCUUCCAGCGCAGGACCGGGUACGCGCAACAGCAAGAUCUGCAUCUUGAGACGAGUACGGUUCGUGAGGCUCUGAAUUUCUCCGCUCUCCUUCGCCAGCCAGAGAGCGUCCCAAAGACAGAAAAACUGGCCUAUGUCGACGAAGUCAUCCAGCUGCUCGACAUGCAGGAGUAUGCCGAUGCGGUGGUUGGCGUGCCAGGUGAAGGCCUGAAUGUUGAGCAACGCAAGCGCCUGACGAUUGGCAUCGAACUGGCUGCUAAACCACCGCUACUGCUCUUUAUUGACGAGCCCACGUCGGGCCUCGACUCCCAAACCAGCUGGGCUAUCCUAGACUUGCUGACCAAACUGUCUAAAGCGGGCCAGUCGAUCAUUUGCACCAUCCACCAGCCCUCUGCGAUGUUAUUCCAACGGUUUGAUCGCUUGCUCUUACUUGCUGAGGGGGGCAAGACGGUCUAUUUCGGUGAAAUCGGAGACAAUUCAAAGACCCUCAUCGACUACUUCGAGCGCAACAGUGCCAAACCCUGUCCACCCGGCGCCAACCCGGGCGAGUGGAUGCUCGAGGCCAUCGGUGCUGCACCCGGCAGCUAUUCGGAAGUCGACUGGCACGAAACAUGGCGCUCCAGCCCCGAAUACCGCACUGUCCAGAGCGAACUGGCCCAGCUCCGGUCCAAGAGCUCAGCAGAAGACUCGGUUGCCAGUGGCAACGACGAUUCCGCUUCGUACGACGAAUUCGCGACCCCCCUCUGGCGCCAGUUCCUCGUGGUCACAGAACGCGCGUUCCAACAGACAUGGCGCACCCCGUCGUACAUCUACUCCAAACUCCUCCUCUGCACCGCCACCAGUCUGUUCAUCGGGCUGGUCUUCCUCAACUCCCCCCUGAGCAUCCAGGGCCUGCAGAACCAGAUGUUCGCGAUUUUCGAGCUGAUGAGUAUCGUCGGGCAGCUGGUCGACCAGCAAUUCCCGCACUUCAUCACGCAGCGCUCGCUCUACGAGGCGCGCGAGAGGCCCGCCAAAACGUACAGCUGGAAGGUGUUCAUGCUCAGCCAGAUCCUGGCCGAGAUCCCCUGGUACACGCUCGCCUCCGUGCUCAUGUGGGCGCUGUUCUAUUUCCCCGUGGGCUUCUACCAGAACGCCGCCGCCGCCGGUCAGGGCCCCGAGCGCGGCGCGCUGAUGUGGCUCCUCUUCUGGGUGUUCCUGCUGUGGGUGUCCACGUUCGCGCACCUCUGCAUCUCGUUCGCCGGCUCGGCCGACGACGGCGGCAACAUCGCCAACUUCAUGUUCGUCCUGGCCUUCUUCUUCUGCGGCGUCCUGGCCUCCCCGGACCAGAUGCCCCGCUUCUGGAUCUUCCUGUACCGCGCCUCGCCGCUCUCGUACUACGUCUCGGCUGUCCUCUCGACGGGGCUCGCGAAUGUGGACGUGACCUGUGCGAGCAACGAGUUCACCACCUUCAACCCGCCCGACGGCCAAACGUGCGGCGAGUACAUGGCGGGGCAUAUCGCGGCGGCGGGGGGGUACCUGCUGGAGUCGAGCGCCGUGGUGAACUGCCGGUACUGCAAGGUCAAGGAGACGAACGUGUAUCUGGCGGCCAUUCAUGCGGACUACGACGCCCGGUGGCGCAAUUUCGGCAUCAUGUGGGUGUAUGUCGCUUUCAACGUGGCUGCGGCGUUGGUCUUGUACUGGGUGGCGAGAAUGCCCAAGGGCAAGAAGGUGUCAGCAUACAACGCCGGAAGCCACAAAGUCAACGUCUCCUUCGCCUCCUCCCAGAACGCCCCCCCGUCCUCGCCUGGCGCAAACGCAACAUCGUACCGCAGCGCCACGCAGCUGAUCAGCAUCCGCAUCUGCAUCAUGGCCAGCGCCUUGCCCACGCACGCAAACGGCCCCCGCUGGAAGGGCAGGUACGCCGCCGACUCGGGCGAGAGGGUCUCCCACCGCUCUGGGAUGAACUCCGCGGCAGCCCCCCCCCGAGUGCCCCCCGGCUGA